AUGUCUGCCGACUUGUUCGCAGCUUUCGGCCAGGACCCGGAGCCUGCGCAAAGCUCUGUAGGCAACUCCAAAGUUGGGCGAUCGCAAACAAACUCCUCAAUACCCAACCAAAGACAAAUCGAUGAUGGCUUCUUUUCGUCGCUAUCUGGAGAUAAUCAACAGACUCAAUCAAUCCCUGCGACUUCCGUUCCACUACCGACUUCGCGACAGCCUCCCGGCUUCGAAUUCUUCAACUUACCCCGACAAGAUAAUAGCGAUGUGCUGUUCGACGCCGAAACCGAUAAACCCGCUCAGGACACAGACGAUGACUGGGGUGAUUUUGAAGCGCCAGAAUCAGAAUCGACGCCUGAAACCAAUCAAAGGGAACACCCUUCUGAAACCAUUCUACAUAGGCCUCCUCCUCCAACGAUCCAACAUCAUGCCGCCCAAAUAGACCUAUUGGACUCGCUGUCAUUAGAAGACCCAGCACCAGCCACCCAAAGAUCACAUAUUUCUCCCAACAAACCUUCAACAUAUAGCAAAACUCCCCAAGAGCCAACAUGGGAUGAUGAUUCUUUCGGAGACUGGGGCGAAUUUACCGAUGCAGCCUCCAAGCCCCCUCCAAGUCAACUUCAACAUACAACAAAGCCCGCUCCAAGACCAAAGAAGCCAACACCCAGCAAGAAAAUAAACCUAGCCCCCCAAGAACCAAAAUGGGACGAUGAAUACGAAGACUGGGGCGACUUUUCCGACGGACCAGCACCAAAACCAAAACCAGUUUCGGUCUCAUCCAAACAAAACACAAUAUCAAAACCUAAGCUAUCAGCUCCAUCUCCAUCUCCAUCUCCAGAUCCCCGCAGCUUCACAUCUUCAACCCCAGCAUCACCACCAACAGUCCGACCAACCAAUAUCCCACCACCAUCAGUUCUUCUUUCCCUACUAGUCGAAAUCCUGGCCAAUCUCCAAAAAGAAGCCCUACAAGCUCAACCUCGAACAACACCAACGACUAAAAAAGAAGAAGCCGCCUCAAAGAUCACAUCAACCUUAGCAACAGCAGCACGCAUAAUAGCAGGCCGAAGUCUACGCUGGAAACGCGACACAAUCCUAAGCCAAAGUAUGCGUAUCGGACCAGCUGGGAAAUCUGGUGGUAUGAAGCUGAGCACAGUGAACAAGCAUGAAGAUGUGAAGGAGUCACAAGAUGCAGUUGAGGUGCUUACAUUGUGGCGGGAGCGCUCGGCGUUAUUUAAUGCUGUUGUUCAGGGUGUAGGGCAGAAGGCUGUUCCUGUUGUUGCUGAUCCGGGUGCGUUGAAAGUUGUUUUGGCAAAGGGGGAGGAUGGUGCAAUUAGAGCGUCGCAUUCUUGUGCGCUUUGUGCAUUGAAAAGAGAUGAGCGAGUGUUGAGGAUUGAUGAGGGGGGUGUGAAUGAUAGUUUUGGGGAGUGGUGGACGGAACAUUGGGGGCAUACGGAUUGUAGGGUUUUCUGGGAGAGGAAUAAAGAGUUGCUUUUGCAGCGUUGA